GGUCCAACGCUACUCACCACUAUCCUCAGAACGCUGCGACCUGCUUGACAGAGCAAUAGCUACACACUCCCUAUUUGACAUUACACUAAAAACUUUGUCGUUUUCCCCAUGCAACUUUUUUCGAUUUCUUCAAACUGAAAAGCACUGAGAUUUGUUGUUUUAUCUUGGAGGCCCGGAUACUGUUUGGACAACAAAAAGGACCGCUUUUACGCACGCAAUUUGUGCCGGGAUAGCUGCUUCAAAAGACAGAAUUUAUGGACAAGUAAUUUAGUGGUCGGUAAGGUUAGACCGUGGUAUGUGCGUCCACAGGUCAACGUUUUUGAUGCACAGCAUGAUUUUCUAAACUCUUCACAGUGAAUUUAUGUGGCCCGCUAGUUAUAUGUUGUAAAUCAUUGUCGCUUGUUGGAUGGAUACAAUGAAACAAACCGCUGCUGGUGCAGAAAUGCUGGUCUCCAAGGAUUACACAUUACAGAUGCGGGAUAGGAGAGAAUGCGAUACGCGCUCCAGGGAAAUAGAGGAAGAGUUGGGUCGUGUGCGAACUCGGGAGCGAUUGGAAGCCACUCUAGCGGGUCUUGGAGAGCUGGAAUAUUUGCGGCAGCGGCAGGAUUUACUGGUCAGAAAUGUGUUGAAUCGCCAAGAGGACUCUAUAUCACCAGGAGAAGAUCCAAUGUGCGUUACGCACGAGGAGAAUUACUUGAACUCGGAGGAAAAACUUUUAGAAGAAAACAUUUUAUUGCUAAGAAAACAACUGAACUGUCUGAGAAAGAGAGAUGCUGGUCUGAUCAAUCAGCUGCAGGAGUUGGACAGGCAGAUCAGUGACCUCCGAUUGGACACGGAGGCAUCACAUGAGCAAGUGGAGACAGACAGCCGCCCAAGCUCGGGUUUUUACGAGCUGAGCGACGGAGCUUCGGGGUCCCUCUCCAACUCCUCCAACUCGGUGUUCAGUGAGUGUUUGUCCAGCUGUCGCUCCAGCACCUGUUUCUGCAGUCCUCUCGACACAUCACUGUGUGCCUCCGAGGGAAGGCUCAAAUCUGCAGAUGAGCUGGGCAGCUGUGCUGAGUGUGAGAACCAGUGUGCGGAGCAGCAGACCAUAGGGACGGUUAGGAAGUUGCUCCCCGCUCCCUACUCCACCUCUACGGACGCCUCUUCCACCACUCAGGACAUCCAGUCUAAGUACCACUGUGACCUGAUCGCCAAGAACGGCAGCGACGUGUACCGCUACCCCAGCCCCCUCCAUGCCGUGGCCGUACAGAGCCCCAUCUUCUUCCAGUCUCUUGCCGGCCAUCUCAAAGAGGACGGGGGGCUAUCAAAGAGCAGCGGAAGCGAGGGCUUCGGUGACUGUCAGAAACUGAAGCAGCCGCCGAUUCUGGUGCCCCAGAACACUUCUUGGCCUGCCUCCCAUGCGCCUACCAGCAAACGACUGGACAAUUAUAUAUUCGGCCUGCUUCAGAGGAGGGCUCAGCCCAUUAGGACCAAUAAGCCGCGGACGAGCAUCAGCACAGACCCCUCUAAGAGCAUCCUGAGGCAGGGCAGCUUGUGUGUGAGACAGGCUACUGUUGCCCAGCAGCAGCAAGGAAGGACUGCUGCUACUGUUCCUGAUCUCAAACCAGCCUGGCAGAUGUGUUUACAUGCAGGUGGUGCUGGUAACGCUGAUCCAGGAACAGGCACUUCACAGAGACAGUGGUCAGUGGAGAGCAAAGGGGAACUCCUCUUAGAAAAUGGGACGGUGUCCCAGUCUCUGGGCCAACCUCAGAACGGAUGUGCCGCAAUCGACGGCAGUGACAUUCACACCAACAGCCUGGUAAAAAAGAAAGGGUCAUCAUCAUCAUCAGCCAAUAAAGGACUUCCAUCGGUGACUGGUCCUCUGUCUAAGGAUAACCAAGACUUGGGCACCCCAAAUGCCAACUCCUGCCCCAAAGAGAGCAAGCAUCCUUAUUUCCCUGCUGCUCCAGAUGACAUCAGUACUAAACCCCCCCAGACACUCCCUAGAGAACGCACCAAAACAGGCACUCCCAUGAAAAGCCCUAAGAGCAUCCUGGUCUCUGUCCAGACAGCCCAGACCACUAAGCAAGAGAGGCCCAUGCUGGAGCUGGUGAGUCUAGGGUCUUCCUCCCAGAGCCAGGAUGAAGGUCAGGGUCACAUGGUCAGUGCCCAGUACAUCCCUGCCCAGAGGCAGACUGUCAAGCUCCGCAAAGCGGGCAAGAACAUCAAGAUCGUCAAGGUGAAGAAUGCCUCUCUGAAACCACACCGAGGGGUUCAUGCACACGCUGAGCCUGUGUCAUACGAGGUGACAGGGGGGAGGGAGAAGGGUCACCGAUCUGGAGGGUUGAGGAAGUCGUGUCAGCCUGAGGAUGUACAACAUGUGCACAAAGUCUCCUCCAAGAGGGGGGUGUCCUCCAGGGCCAAACGCACCAUCCCUGCCUCCAUCCCUGAGGGCCGGGUUCUUGAGAAACACACAGCCACAGUGUCCACAACCAGGUCCACUGUGUCCAGGCAUCAUGGUCACCAUGGCAGGGAAGUGGUGGUGGCCAAGCCCAAGUACAAGAGGACAAGCGGACAUGACUACAACCGAGGAAGGCUGAAAGCCAUCACUGAGGUGCCUUACGACGAGGCCUUUAGGAGAGCCCACCGCAGACAGAAGAGGGAGGUCCUCGGCCAGGUCUCCACCACCACGUACCUACCCUCCAACGUGAAAUUUGCCAGCCCUUACGCCUACGUGGCUGGCAGCGACUCGGAGUACUCCGCAGAGUGCGCCUCGCUUUUCCAUUCCACCAUCGUGGACACCAGUGAGGAUGAGCGGAGCAACUACACCACCAACUGCUUCGGGGACAGCGAGUCCAGCCUGAGUGAGGCGGACUUUGUGGGGGAGAGCACCACCAGCAGUGACUCUGAGGAAAGUGGAGGGAUGAACUGGCCCCAGUUUUCAGGGCAGGGCACUGGGCAUCAUGAGUUAACCGCUGCACAGGCUAAGGCCUUCAUCAAGAUCAAGGCCUCUCACAACCUGAAGAAGAAGAUCCUCCGCUUCCGAUCGGCGGGCUCGCUAAAACUGAUGACGACUGUAUGAGGGAGGUACUUCAGGGUGUCAGGCAGGAAGCAGUGACUCAGCCAAUCAAAUUGGCCACUCUCUCUCUGCCCAAGAUCAAGUGCCUAGGCAGAUUUUUUGAUUUACAGAAAGUCUUUAAUGAAAUCAAUCUCAGAUGUUUAAGGAAACAUUUAAUUGGGAUGCAAGGAUUUGUACAAAAUGUCCAGCAGACUCCCUCUCCCUGCACUUUCUGACAAACGUUGGACAAGGUGAAAAGCAUCCCCAUUUUUAAAGGAGCACCCAUUUUUAUUUUGUUGUAUGUAGCAGUUUUGUAUUUAUUAUGGACAUUACCCUUGCUGUGGUACAUGGCAAAAAUCUGUACAUGCUUUUAAUGUUCUUGGUUUACUUUUUGGAUUAAAGAUAUUUCUAACAUAAUAUAUUUGGUUGCUACUUCUUGGACACGUGAUACUUUAUUUGACUGAUUAUUUAAAGCAGAGUAUUAAGUGUCUGUAAGGAAUAUUAAUGUCUAGAUAGACAUUAUAUUCUGAUCACUGACAACUGCUGAUGAUACCAUGAUAACGCUUUGAUAUACAGCACCAGUUUAAAGUUUGGACACACCUACUCAUUCAAGGUUUUUUAUUUUUUGACUUUUCUACAUUUUAGAAUAAUAGUGAAGAUAUCAACUAUGAAAUAACACAUGGAAUCAUGUAGUAACCAAAAAAGUGUUAAACAAAUCAAAAUAUAUUAUUUUACAUUCUUCAAAGUAAAGAAGCCACCCUUUGCCUUGACAGCUUUGCACACUCUUGGCAUUCUCUCAACCAGCUUCACGAGGUAGGCACCUGGAAUAUUUAAAUUAACAGGUGUGCCUUGUUAAUUUGUGGAAUUCCUUUCUUUCCUUAAUGCAUUUGAGCCAAUCAGUUGUUGUGACAAGGUAGGGGUUGUAGCCAUAUUUGGUAAAAUACCAAGUCCUUAUUAUGGCAAGAACAGCUCCAAUAAGCAAAGAGAAACGACAGUCCAUAACUUUAAGACAUGAAGGUCAGUCAAUCCGGAGCCGUUCAAUAACUUUCAAGUGCUGUUGCAAAAACCAUCAAUCGCUAUGAUGAAACUGGCUCUAAUGAGGACUGUCACAGGAAAGGAAGACCUAGAGUUACCACUACUGCAAAGGAUAAGUUCCUCAGAAAUUGCAGCCAAAAUAAAUGCUUCAGAGUUCAAGUAACAGACACAUCUCAAUAUCAACUGCUCAAAAGAAACUGUGUGAAUCAGGCCUUCAUGGUCAAUAUUGCUGCAAAGAAAUCACUACUGCAGGACACUAAUAAGACAAGAAUUGCUGUCCUUUAGUCUGGUGACUCCCAAUUUGAGAUUUUUGCUUCCAACCACCGUGUCUUUGUGAGAUGCAGAGUAGGUGAAUGGAUGAUCUCUGCAUGUGUGGUUCCCUCCGUGAAGCAUGGAGGAGGUGUGAUGGUGCUUUGCUGGUGACACUGUCUGAUUUAUUGAGAAUUCAAGGCACACUUAACCAGCGUGGCUACCACAGCAUUCUGCAGUGAUACACCAUCCCAUCAAGGUUUGUGCUUAGUGGGUCUAUAAUUUAUUUUUCAAUAGGACAAUGACCCAACACACCUCCAUGCUGUGUAAGGCCUAUUUGAACAAGAAGGAGAGUGAUGGAGUGCUGCAUCAGAUGACCUGGCCUACACACACAAUACCCCGACUUCAACCCAAUUGAGAUGGUUUGAGAUGAGUUGGACCACAGAGUGAAGGAAAAGCAGCCAACAAGUGCUCAGCAUACGUGAGAACUCCUUCAAGACUGUUGGAAAAGCAUUCCAGGUGAAGUUGGUUGAGAGAAUGCCAAGAGUGCAAAGAUGUCAAGGCAAAGGGUGGCUACUUUGAAGAACCUAAAAUCUAAAAUAUAUUUUGAAUUGUUUCACACUUUUUUGUUUACAUGAUUUCAUAUGUAUUAUUUCAUAGUUUUGAUAUCUUCACUAUUAUUCUACAAUGUAGAAAACACUCAAAAUAAAGAAAAACCCUUGAAUGAGUAGGUGUGUCCAACGUUUUGACUGGUACUGUAUAAUAUAUACACACAUAUAUAUAUACAAGAUAUGCAUGAGGAACUGUUUUACCUUAAUUUGUUGUUGAUAGCAAGUAGCUGUACAUUGCCAAUUGUUGUAUAUAAUGUCUAUGUAUGUUAAUACGGGUGUUUAACCGUUUUAUGCUUUAUUAAAUGUCUGCUUUAAAAUCAA